AUGGGAACGUUCGGUUCCGCAAGUGCCCAAAGCACAUUCUCUGUCCCGCAAGACGUGAAGGAUCCAUAUCGGUAUCAAGUCGGAUUUGGCAACCGCUUUGCAUCGGAGGCCAUUCCUGGUACUCUUCCCUACGCUCAGAACAACCCCCAGAAAGUGAAAUACGACUUGUACGCCGAAUCGCUCAAUGGUACUCCCUUCGUGACACCGCGCCGCGAUAAUCAAUCUGCAUGGAUAUACCGCAUCCGCCCGUCUGUCGCCCACCAAGGCUUCACUGAGCUUCCUGACAAUCCUGAUCUGGAGUCCUGCUUCCUUCCUCUGAACCCGAAAGUCCACUUCAGCCCGACCCAGCUCGCAUGGUACCCCCUCGACAUCCCCGCUGAUAGCACCAAGGUUGACUUCGUCGCGGGUCUGAAGACGCUGGGUGGAAAUGGCGAUCCGACGCUCCGGGAGGGUCUCGCGGUGCACAUCUACGCUGCGAACGAAUCGAUGGACAAGAAGGCGUUCGUCAACAGUGAUGGCGAUUUCCUGAUCUUGCCGCAGCAAGGGCGCCUUGAUAUUCAGACUGAGUUCGGGAAGCUGAUGGUGCGGCCCGGAGAGUUGGUCGUCGUUCAGCGCGGCAUCAAAUUCAAGGUUGGACUUCCAGAUGGGCCAGUGCGCGGAUACAUCCUCGAGGUAUUCGGGUCUCACUUCGAGCUUCCCGACCUUGGCCCCCUGGGCACGCACGGCCUCGCCAACCCAAGGGACUUUGAGAGCCCCGUCGCAAGUUUCGACAUCGAUCAGUCCGCGUGGGAGGUCGUUUACAAGGUCGGCGGCAAGCUCUUCAUCUGCAAGCAAGAGCACACCCCCUUCGACGUCGUCGCCUGGCACGGCAACUACGUCCCGUACAAGUACGCGAUGGAGAAGUUCAUCCACGUCGGCAGCAUCCAGCGCGACCACAUCGACCCCUCGAUCUUCUGCGUGCUCACCGCGCGCUCCAAGACGCCCGGCGCGCCCCUCGCCGACUUCCUCAUCUUCUCCGGCCGCUGGGACAUCGCGUCCGGCACGUUCCGGCCCCCGUACUACCACCGCAACUGCGCGACGGAGAUGAUGGGCCUCAUCUACGGCGACUACGGCGGGCGCUCGGACCAGUUCGCGCCGGGCGGGUUCAGCUUCGAGAACGGGUUCUGCCCGCACGGAGUGUCGUACGACGAGUUCAAGAAGGCGACCGAGGCGGAGCUGGGGCCGAUGCGGGUGCACGAGGGCACGCUCGCGUUCAUGUUCGAGUCGAGCAUGCAGGUGACGAUCACGGACUUCGGCAUGAAGCGCACCGGGAAGCUGCACGAACACGAGCCGAAGAUGUGGGACGACCUCAAGGGCCAGUUCAUGAACCACAUCGACCAGGUCAACGCGGACCUCAAGGCCGCGGGCCUUCCCCCUCUCGAGACGCAGUGA